AAUAAGUGAACACUAUUGCCAGGGAACCCGUCGUACAAGUCAUAUCCUCAAGAACUCAAUUCAUCACUCGGCCGUCCGUAAAGGCGUUGGCUUUCGUUCACCCGUUGAGAUUUUAAUCAAAAUGAAGUUGGUGCUUUGUCUUAUCGUUGCGGCAGUGUUUGCACUAGUCGUUGUCUCUGCCGACGAGCCGGAUUCCUUUUCUGAUUUUGCCGAAAAUCUAGAUGCAUUCGAUUUCCCUGAAGAGCUGGAAAAACGACAUAACGAAGACGAGUUCGGCGGCUGUAACGCAAGCGGCAACAAAGUCAAGAUUUCAAAGUCAGGCAAAGUCACCGAGAAGGCCUGCGUUGGAGAGUGGUCAUCCUGGACCCGGUGCCGACCGUGGAGGAAGGUCUCUAAGAGGGUGACGUGUAAGGUCGAGGACAAGAAGACGAAAAAAUGCAAGGAGCUUGAUGAGGAGGAGCGUCCCUGCAAGCGUUAAAUAAGUGCAGAUAGUUGGACUCACUUUGGACAGUGUUUGUAGCUUACUCGUUUUCGUUUCGAAGGAAAAUAACAGCGCUGGUGAACUCGCGCUCAGCAUUGUUUGCUAACAGUGACGUUUUGAACAUUGUGCGUCAGUUGAAUUUCAGAUAAAGUUACGCAAUAAACCAGAUGCGGAAGGUUCUCAGGGCUGUUGUUAGCGACUUCGAUUUGAAAACAUUGGCAUCGAUAAGUGCUUCUUGCACCAUAUUCAUUUGUUUGAAUGACGGCCUGAUAAAGUGGGAACGUAGAUAGCACCACGGUAUUAAACAAACGUUCCACAAUCAAUGCAGACCAGUCACUUUGUGAAAUCGGCAAUGAAAUGCGAGAUGGCGGCAUGGUUAUCUCUUGGGUCUAUUUGUUGAAAACAUACUAAACGCUUGCGUUAACUUAACAUAGCGUUAUCUCCUUCAGUUAAGCCCUUUAGACUUAACGCCAAGUUAAGUUAACGCCAGCGUUAGUGAUAACACCUGUUUUGGCAACUGGGGCAUGAAUAUGAAGAAGCUAUCAAUAAUACACGAACAAGUUGCAGAUCUGGAUGCGUGUUGUGAAACCAUGUAUGCAAUGAAGCGAAUGUUUUUCUCUGUAGUGGAAUUAAUACUGUAUUAGGUAUUCAUAUUGUGUGUAAGAGUCGAUGAUUAAGGACUAAGCUACCAAAUAUUGUAAAAAGACGAGAUUAAAACUUACGUUAUUGUA